AGAGAGAGAGAUAGAGAGAGAGAGAGAGAGAGAGAGAGAGGCGCUACCUACCUGCCAUUGGAGGGCCACCUGGGAUUGAUGAGCGUGUGCGGCCAAUGAGGCUGCGAGGACGCCGCCAAGUGGUCCCAGUUAAAGGGGGCGUGAGAGGAGGACGGGCCAGUCCAGGGAGGAUCUUUUAGGACCCUCACAGAGACCACAAUCUGACUGCUGACUCUUUCCCCACAAAGACUCUGAGAGACGCGCACAGCCAUCCUGUUUACUCGCAAACAUUUGGUCGCCAUGCUGCAACGACUUGGCGGAUAGAAAACAACACCCCAAAACAAAAUAAAAAAAUAAUAAUAAUUCCAAGGACGCGGAAUUUUCCUAGAAUUCAACUUUUUGAGUUUUUGACGCUCUGUGGCGGGGCGGAGCGGCGCCUGCUAUGCGGUUUGUUGAGUGAGAAGAUUAUUGUUGUUUUCCUUGCCUAAGAAGAGACGAGAGUUACGGCGCCAUGCUGCUGGACGCCGGUCACCAGUUCCCGGGUCUGGGCUCCUUCGCCCGCCACCAUUCCGCCGCCGCCGACAUGCAGGACCGCGACCUGGGUCUGGCCCAGAACUCCUUCGUGGACUCGGCCCACAUGGGCGCCUUCAAGCUCAACCACGACCUCUCCCCGGGGCAGAGCUCCGCCUUCAGCAGCCAAGCUCCGGGCUACCCGGGGGCGACUCUGGGCGCGCACGCCGCCCACGUCACCUCCUACGCGGGCUCCCCGUUCAACUCCACGCGGGACUUCUUGUUCCGCAGCCGCGGCUUCGGCGACGCGUCCCCGGCGGGCGGGCAACACGCGCUUUUCGGCGCGGCGGCGUCGCACCACCACACGGACACGCCGCAGGGCCACAUCUUGUUCCCGGGCAUCCACGAGCAGCACGGCUCCGGCAACGUCCUCAACGGGCAGAUGAGGCUCGGCCUGGCGGGGGAGGUGUUCGGGCGCUCCGAGCAGUACCACCAGGUGUCCAGCCCGCGGGCCGACCCGUACGCGGCGGCGCAGCAGCUGCACAACCAGUACGGCAACAUGAACAUGGCGGCGCACCACCACCACCACCACCACCACCACCCGGGCGCCUUCUUCCGCUACAUGCGGCAGCAGUGCAUCAAGCAGGAGCUCAUCUGCAAGUGGGUCGAGCCGGAGCAGCUGAGCAGCCCCAAGAAGUGCUGCAACAAGACGUUCAGCACCAUGCACGAGUUGGUGACGCACGUCUCCGUGGAGCACGUCGGCGGGCCCGAGCAGACCAACCACAUCUGCUUCUGGGAGGAGUGCCCGCGGGAGAGCAAGCCCUUCAAGGCCAAGUACAAGCUGGUCAACCACAUCAGGGUCCACACCGGGGAGAAACCCUUUCCCUGUCCCUUCCCGGGCUGCGGGAAGGUCUUUGCGCGCUCCGAGAACCUCAAGAUCCACAAGCGCACGCACACAGGAGAGAAACCUUUCCAGUGCGAGUUUGAAGGCUGCGACAGGAGGUUUGCAAACAGCAGCGACCGAAAGAAGCACAUGCACGUCCACACCUCGGACAAGCCCUACCUGUGCAAGAUGUGCGACAAGUCCUACACGCAUCCCAGCUCCUUGCGGAAACACAUGAAGGUGCACGAGUCGUCCCCGCCCACGUCCGACUCCUCGCCGGCAGCCAGCUCGGGCUACGAGUCGUCCACCCCCCCGGGCCUGGUGUCGCCCACGGCCGAGACCCAAAGCAACAACACCCUGUCGCCGGCCUCCGCCGUGCACAGCAGCACCAGCCACAGCGGCCUCUCGUCCAAUUUCAGUGAAUGGUAUGUGUAAGGACCCCGAACUGAAGGCGUCUCUCACACACACACACACACACACACACAUUUCCCAGCACUGGACCAGGACAUUAAGGACAUGUGACGAUGACUUAGUCUCCAGCGCCGCUUACAAAAAGUGUAUCAUAGAACGCUGAUGUAAAUAAUGGCUGACUUUGUGCUCGUUUUGGUCUCUUUUGGUGUCUAAAUGUUUCUUCGAUGGUAGCUCUCUCUCUCUGAACUGGACUCUCGUGUGCACAUAAUCCAACAACAUGUACUCCAUAUUUCGUCCUAAACUUGGAAAAUCGAUUGUAUUAUAGGAAAAAGAAUAAGAAAGGGUGCCAAAGUUCAUGCUUUGUGAAUGUACAUUAUGUUUUAUUUUGAAAAGUUUGCCUGGCUUAACUUACUUGUGUCAUUUGUGUGUGUGUGUGUGUGUGUGUGUGCUCUGCAAGUUGUGGCCAGCAAACCAUGGAAAGGAAAAGAAAAAAAAAAAGGCUAACAUUUUCUUAUGUUUGUGUGUGUAUUUGUAAAUAGCGAACUGCCAUAUUUAUCCAUUUGUAAGUAAAUUAUGGUAAUUACUUGCUACAGAUGAAAUGUAUUUAUAAAAAGCAUCUUUGUUUUUUUGUUUUUCUUGGAACUAUAAAUAUGUAUAUUUUAAAGAGCUUAACCCGGGGCAGUUGUUUCGUCGUGUUUUUG